AUUAAAAUUACGGAAAGCAGGUGCAUGCUAUUAGCCACAAAUUCGUGUCGAUAAAAAGCCCGUGUGAGUUGUGCCGCCAGGGGCUGGUCGGGGGUCGGAGAAUGGAAACCGUUUAAGAUCUGGUGUUUUCUCGGCCAUUAACUAAUGCGUCAUCGCGAAACCGACAGCUUUGUGCAAUAUUUUGUUUAAAUGAUUAGCCGGCACACGUUUCCUUCGCUGUGUGUGUGUGUGUGCGUGCUGUGUUGUGUGGAACUCCAAUAUUUUCGCAAUGUUUGAUUAGAAAGUUGGCAGUGGAAGAAGAAGAGCGGAGCAAGCAACAGUGGCUGCUGCCGAUUUCUCACCCAGCGGAGCACCCCUCCCUCUCCAAGGCAGCAUCGCACGCUCUCUUUCGGAAUUUGCUUUGUUUCACCGCCAGCCAAACAACUUGCAUCAGGAAUACCCAGUAAUCGUAGUUUUGUAGGAUAUACAAGGCAAAUGCAUGGGCGUGUGACAUUACUAGAUACUUUUCAACGAUAAUUAAAUAGAGUGAUUGUCGACAUCUUCAUAUUGCAUAUUAUCUUGAAUAGAUUCAAACGCCACACAUAAUUUUGUACUCUCCGGUAAAGGUAAAGAAGAAGGCGCUGUGAACCACCAUGGACUUUGCCAGUGUGCUUGGCAAGAGCGAGGCGCACCAGCGCACCAUCAUACACCUGGACAUGGACUACUUCUACGCACAGGUAGAGGAAAUCCGGGAUCCAGCGCUCAAAUUGAAGGCUCUGGGCAUCCAACAGAAGAACAUUGUGGUCACCUGCAACUAUGUAGCGCGGGCUAAGGGAGUCACCAAACUGAUGCUAAUUGCUGAGGCGCAGCGUAUCUGUCCGGACUUGGUGCUGGUCAAUGGUGAGGAUCUUGCCCCGUAUCGUCAGAUGUCCCAGAGGAUCUUCGAUCUGCUAUUAAACUACACUCCCCUUGUGGAGAAACUUGGCUUUGACGAGAACUUUAUGGAUGUUACGUCGCUGGUGGAGCUGAGACAGGCACAUGCCGCUGAGGCACAGCACAAACCUGCAGUGGGUCAUACAUAUCCAUCGGACGGCACUGACUUGUCAGCCUGCGACUGUGGCUGUGCUCAGCGCCUGGCGAUCGGUACUCGAAUCGCCCAAGAAAUCAGAGAGGAACUCAAACUCCGACUGGGCAUAACCUGUUGCGCCGGGAUCGCAUACAACAAGUUGCUGGCCAAACUCGUAGGCAGCAGCCAUAAGCCGAACCAACAGACCGUUCUCGUAUCCACCUAUGCGGAGCAGUUCAUGCGGGAGCUGGGAUGCUUAAAACGUAUCACUGGAAUAGGCCAGAAAACGCAGUGCCUGCUGUUGGAGGCGGGCAUGUCCUCCGUAGAACAGUUGCAGCAGUGCGACAUGGAUGUGAUGCGUAAGAAGUUCGGCUUUGAAACGGCCACCAGGCUGAGGGAUCUUGCCUUUGGUCGAGACACUAGCGCCGUGCGUCCGACAGGAAAGCCCAAGACCAUUGGCAUGGAGGACGCCUGUAAGCCCAUUUCUGUGCGCACAGAUGUAGAGGAAAGAUUCAGCAUGCUGCUUAAGCGCCUGGUAGAACAGGUUGCUGAAGACGGCCGUAUUCCGAUAGCCAUUAAGGUGGUGCUGCGAAAGUUCGACUCCCAGAAGAAGAGCAGCCACCGCGAAACCAAACAAGCCAACAUUUUACCCUCACUUUUUAAGACCUCCUCGUGUCCUGGGGAAACAGGAGUGAGCAAGGUUCAAUUGGCUGACGGAGCGCAAGACAAACUUCUCAAGAUUGUGAUGCGUCUAUUCGAACGGAUCGUGGACAUGAACAAGCCCUUCAACAUCACCCUGCUAGGACUGGCCUUCUCCAAGUUCCAGGAGCGCAAAGUCGGCUCCUCAUCCAUAGCAAAUUUCCUUAUCAAGAAGGCCGACCUCGAGGUGCAAUCGAUCACUUCACUGACUAAUACGAGUCUCACGAGUCCCACAGCGGAAAGCCCAACGUCGGAUGAAUGCGCCUUCCGUUCGUCGCCAACGACAUUCAAGCCGAGUGAUCAGUUUUACCGAAGAAGAGCCACUACAGCCUCUCCUGUGCCCAUGCUGCUAGAUAAUGGCUCUGAAUCGGCGGCCACUAACUCGGACUUCAGCGACUUCUCCGAAACAGAAGUGGAACCCUCGCCGAAGAAAAGCCGCAUUGGGCGUUUGCUUGUGUCAAAACGCAGCCGUUUGGCUGCGGAUGUAGCCGAUAACGCCGUAGAUGUUGCUUCGCCUAGCAAACUACGCGUGUGUGAUCUGCGGCUGAACUCACGGGAUAGCGAAAAGGACUUUCCUAUGAGCACCACGCCCUCAACUUCCACAUCCGGGAGCGCACCUCGUUUCCGCACCGUCCAACCGCCGAAUACGCUGUUGCAGCGAAUCGAUGGCAGUCUCCGGUUCGUGGCCACGCGCACUGCUAGCCGUCUGAGUUCAAACGCUAGCUCCACAGCCUCAUCGCCACUGCCAUCGCCAAUGGAUGACUCGAUGGCAAUGAGCGCGCCCAGCACACCGACUAUCACAGCAGCCGUGGCAACUACAACCAACAGUUCCAACACAACAGCAAGCGAUGCUCUUUCGAAUAUCGCGUGUCCAGCGGGUGUGGAUGCUGAGGUGUUUAAGGAGCUGCCCGUGGAGUUGCAAACGGAACUGAUUGCCUCGUGGCGCAGCUCUCUAGUGGCAGCAGCGGUGGAGCAAACGAACGGGGCAGCCAGCAGCACUGCAACAGCGGGACGAGCCGGUGGUGCUCCUGCCACUGCGACCACUGCCAGUGGAGGUCAGAAGAACACCUUGUAUCGCUACUUUUUGCGAAAUAAGUGAUGCAGUGCAUCCAAGCAUCACAUCUCCUCUAAUUGUAAGGUCAAAGUGAAUAAAUCCGUUUAUAUCUAU